AUGAAAUACAACACAAAAAUAAGCAGCUCCAGAAGAAAGUGCCGAAAGGCCCACUUUAACGCAAAUGAUGCCAAGAGACGAAUGAUUAUGUCCGCAGGUCUGAGCAAAGAGCUAAGAUCCGAGUACAUCUUCAAGUCAUUUCCUGUAGUAAAGGGAGAUGAAGUGCUUGUCCUAAAGGGAGACUUAAAGGGAAAGACCGGUAAAAUUGUCAAAGUAAACAGAGCUACAUUCAAGGUAGUAUUAGACAUAUCAUACAGAGAGAAGAAGAAUGGACAGACUGCCUCCUUUGGAAUCUACCCAUCCUCCCUGGUUAUCACCAAGUUCGCCCUUGACAAGAACAGAGACGCACUUCUGCAGAAAAAGAAAGAGGCACGCAUUGCUGGAGAUGCUCUAAAGAAAGAAAGACAAGAAUAA